AGGACUCCAACCUGUGGCUCGCUCCCUGGCUCCUUGGCGCCCGCCAGGCCUCCCCCGCCCCUCGCUCAGCCAAAGUCCUUUCAAACAAGGUUCCCUCCUGCCACCUGCCGGCCCACUAGGGUCUGCGCCACCGCCGCGCCGCCGCCGCUGCGCAGCUCGCUGGGAGGCGCCCCCGCCUCCUCACCGCACAUGCCCGGCAGAAGUCCUGCGCGCAACUUUGCAGCGCCUCCCCCGUCUCCCCUCGCCUCAGUCUCCUCUGUCCUCUCCCAGGCGAGAGGACCGCAGAGGCACCUCUCCCGAGGCUGAGACUCGAGAGAGGAGCCCGCGAGGAGGCGGCUUCCCCCCUUCUCUCCCCAUCCCUUCCUCCCUCGCAGACAGGCAGGCAGAGGCGCGGAGCUCCAGAAAGUUGAGUGGUCAGAGAGGCAGGCUCUCUCCUCUCUGCCCUCCCAGCGAGGUGGGGCUGGGACCUCCGGACCCAGCUUCUCACCUUGCGAGGUGCACCUUUUUCGGCUCCAGCAGCCCCUGCGCGCCGGAGCCACUCUCCGCAGAGCCAGAGGGCAGCGGGUCGGCCUCCCGGUGCGCGCCUAGGAGAUGGAUCGCAGGUUCCGGGCUCAGCAGUGGCGCCGAGCUCGCCACCAUUACAACGAUCUGUGCCCCUCCAUCGGCCGCCGGGCCGCCACCGCGCUCCUCUGGCUCUCCUGCUCCAUCGCGCUGCUCCGCGCCCUCGCCACCUCCAACACCCGCGCCCACCAGCGCGCGGCCACCCAGCAGCGCCGGACCUUCCUCAACGCCCACCACCGCUCCGCCACCCAGGUGCUCCCCGAGCCCCCCGAGUCCCUCCCCGAGCCGGAGGGGGCAGCCCGAGCCCUGCCCCUCCCCGGGUGCCCGGAUUACGAGGAAGACUUCGACUACGAGUCCGAGUCCGACUUUGACUCCGACUUCGACUUCGACACCGAGACGGAGACCGCCCCCACCACCGAGCCCGAGACCGAGCCCGAGGACGAGCGCGGCCCCGCGGUGCCCAAGCAGAGCACCUUCGGCCAGUCGCUCACUGAGCGGCUGCACGCUCUGAGGCUGCGGAGCCCCGACGCCUCCCCGAGUAGCGCGCAGCCCAGCACUCGGGAGCCCCAGCCCGGGGACAAGGCUCGCAGGGGCCCCGGAGAGCCCGCGGAGCCAAAAAAGGAGAAGCAGCAGCAGCGCCGCUGCAAGCCCAAGAAGCCCACCCGCCGCGACCCAUCCCCGGAGUCCCCUUCCAAGAGGGGACCCAUCCCCAUCCGGCGCCACUAAUGGAGGACUCGGUCCAGAUUCUCCUUGUUUUCUUUGAUUCAGGUGAGCUGCCCACCGCGAAAGUGGGGAGGCUGGGGUCGGUGCGGGAGCUGCGGGCGGCAGGGAAAGAGGAGGAAGGUGGGAAGACCGUGGGCACAGCCAGCCAGCCCGGGAAGUGAGGGGCCAGGGCGAGCCCUGAAGGGCUCCCCAAAUCACCCCAGUGCGCCGGAGGGCGGCCGGGUGGCCAAAGGCUUGUGGGACGGCGGGGGGCUCCUCGCACCCC